ACUUGCUUUGUUCCUUUCAGUCAUGCUGGGGUCGGCUGGUUAUGUGACGCACCUGGAUGUCCCUCUGAAUGCACUCCGCUACAGCAACCAGACUCUCACCUGUAAUUAUGACUUAGGCUCCGAUGCACUCUACACCGUCAAGUGGUAUUUCAACGAUGAGGAGUUCUUCAGAUACACACCCAGUGAAGAUCCCAUGAUGGCAGCUUUCAACAACUCAAAUAUCCAAGUCAUUAUGGAAGAGUCGGAGGAGAACAAGGUGGUGCUCCGUGAAGUGGACCUGACUGCAACCGGCCAGUAUAAGUGUGAAGUUGGCAGGGACUGGCCUGAAUUCACCUUUGAUGACAAGACAGCCAACAUGACAGUUGUUGUGAUACCCAAUGAGCGACCCAGGAUUGAAGGUGUUGUAGAUGGUCACUUUCGUGUAGAUGACCUUGUUAAUCUUAAUUGCACAGCAGCUCCUUCCAUGCCAGCUGCUGCUCUGAAAUGGAUUAUCAAUGAUGUUGAAGCUCCUAAAGAAUACCUGCGAGUGUAUAGUCACGUGAAGACUGCAGAUGGACUCUACAUUUCUACCUUGGGACUUAAUUUUAAACUUACCAAAGGACACUUCAAGCAGGGAGAACUGAAACUGAAGUGCACAGCCACCAUUGAGACACUCUACCACAAGGUAGAAGAACAUAGCCAGGUCAACCCUACUGGCACUGUUGUCAGGGAACUACCACCAGAAGGAAGUCUUGUUACUGCCAAUGGUCCUCCAAGUUCAGGCUCAGAGACAAUGUGCAGUGCACUGCUGGAGCGACUGGUGGCUCUUCAUGUUGUCCUCCUCUUGUCAGUGCAUCUCCUGCGGUAGAUCCCAAGUGCCAUCCAUCCUCGGCCCUUCCACUGGAUUCAAAUUUGGAAAGGACACUGAUGGUGAUGAGUGAUAUUUUAAAACUUAUAAGUUCAAGUGAAAAGCUUCAGUUUUACUACUUUUGAAUAACUAAUGGAACAGCAAUCUAUUAUGACUUUAUUAACAUUUACUGUUAAGUUAGAUACGUGUGUGUGUGUGUGUGUGUGUGUGUGUGUGUGUGUGUGUGUGUGUGUGUGUGUGUGUGUGUG